GAGAGAGAAAAAGAAACUCUGGAUAAUUGCUCCUAUAGUAAUCCCUGUGUUUCUCAUGCUGCUUGGUCUAAAACUAUGCCUAAGGAAAUGGAAACAAGCAAAAGCAAGGAAAGAACAAGAAAUAAGAGAAAUACUCGCUGACAUUUAUGAUAUUCGGGACGAUGAAAGUGGAGGUACUGCUGUAAAAGUUUACAGCUAUUCUACUAUUCUAACUGCCUCAAAGUGCUUUUCAUCAGAAUGCGAGCUGGGAAAAGGAGGUUUUGGAUGUGUUUACAAGGGAACAAUGUCAGAUGGACAAGAAUUAGCGAUAAAGUUGUUGUCAAAGUGGUCUAAACAAGGAUUAUCGGAGUUCAAAAAUGAGCUUAUUCUCAUCGCUAGACUCCAACAUACAAAUCUUGUCAAGUUGGUAGGUUUCUGUGUACAUGGAGAUCAGAAGAUGCUUAUUUACGAGUACAUGCCCAAUAAAAGUUUGGAUUUUUUCCUGUUUGAUCCCAAUAAACGGAGACUACUACCAUGGGAGAGACGUUUUAGCAUUAUUGAAGGGAUCGCUCAAGGACUACUUUACCUUCACAAAUAUUCAAGGUUGAGAAUAGUUCAUAGAGAUUUGAAAGCUAGUAAUAUCUUACUCGACGAGAACAUGAACCCUAAGAUUUCCGACUUUGGAAUGGCAAAGAUUCUCAAGCAGAACAUCCCGGAAGACAAUACCACAAGAUUUGCUGGAACAUUUGGAUACAUGGCACCAGAGUACGCCAAAGAGGGAAUUUUCUCAACUAAAUCUGACGUUUACAGCUUUGGAGUUUUAGUUCUGGAAAUUGCUAGUGGAAGGAAAAAUAAUUGCUUUCACAAUCAGGGAGGCCCUCUCAAUUUAGUCGAAUAUGCAUGGGAGCUGUGGAAUACAGAGGCUAUAGUAGAGCUCAUAGAUCCAACAGUUAGUGAUUCUUGCUUCUCGAAGGAACAAGUAGAAAGGGCUGUUCAUGUAGGACUACUUUGUGUUGAAGAAUGUGCAGCUGAUAGGCCUAAUAUAGAAGAUGUCAUUUCCAUACUCAAUAACACCAAUAUAGAUUUACCAAAGCCAAAAAGACCUGCAUUUGUCUCCAGAUUUUCUGUGUUUAAGGAAUCCCAAAAGGACCAGACAGGAAAAUAUUCAGAAAAUGGAUUAUCCAUCACUACGGUUCAAGGGAGAUGAGGAUAUUGGAUUGUAGCUUUCAGUAAGUUUUUUAAUUUUUGCUUGUGUACAAAGAAAUUAUGAGUUAUUUUGUGUGUAGUUGUGGAAGACGUGCGAUUAUUGAAACCAGCUGUCUAGUCUAAUGAACUAAAUAUCUUCAAUAAAAGUAUGCCCACUAGAUAAUCCCGUUAUUACCUAAUCUCAUAUUAUAAUCACUGUAUAACUUGUUUGAAAAGAUUCACUUACUUUGUAAAAGUUAUGA